AUGGGCUCCAACACACCUCAAUGGACUCCCCAGUCCGGUAAGCUCUACCCAUCUGCAAGACUCUUCAAGUCGCGCGCCGAAACGACUAAUGUCUUAUCUCCACCAGUGCUGUCCACAGUCCCCCACCCUCCAGAGGAGAACACGACCUCGCCCAUUCCCUUCUUUCACCUCCUGGAACGACUGAAGACUACUAAGCGCGAGGGCUGGCGCCGCUUCGGUAUCAAUGGCGAAUCUAUCUCCGACCACAUGUACCGCAUGUCGAUCAUGACGAUGUUUGCCCCGCCAGAGCUCGCCUCGCGACUCAACAUCCCCCACUGCACGAAGAUGGCGCUGAUCCACGACAUGGCCGAGUCCCUUGUCGGCGACAUCACCCCCGUCGACAAGGACGUGACCAAGACUGAGAAGGCGCGUCGUGAGGCGGACACAAUGGAUUACAUCACCGAGACACUCUUGGGCAAGAUUCCCGGCGGUGCGCUUUCUGCGCAGGAGAUUAAGCGCGUCUUCCAUGAGUACGAGGACAACGUCACGCUUGAGGCUCAGUUCGUGCAUGACAUUGACAAGAUGGAGCUUCUGCUCCAGAUGGUCGAGUAUGAACGAACCCACGAGGUCGAUCUGAGCGAGUUCACCCGAGUCGCCAGUCGCGUGCAAUUACCGGAGAUUAAGGUCUGGGCUGAACAGGUCAUGGCCGAACGUCCCAAGCGAGCUUGA